UUUUUUUUUUAUCUACUUUUCUUGACACCCUUUACUAUUUUCUUUUCGAAAAGUAAGAUAUAUUUUAUAGUUAUACUUGCUCCAAAGCUUUUGAAGAGGAAAAGUUGGAAUUUGACUAGUGAUAUGAUGAAGACUUUGACUUUUAUCAUUAGUUUGUGAGAAUAUUGGUUGAUUUUUAGUGUAGUGGUGUUUGGUGGGCCCUAAAUUUUCCCCUUUCCUAGCUGCUGCAUAUGAGAGGAUAUUGACUUUCACCAAAUCCAUUGGGGCCUUUCUGUGAAAUUUGAGUUUCGGAAGAAUUGAUAUGAGGGAUAUGGAGGAAAAUGGGGAAAAAGAUUGGAGGGCAGCUGUGAAGAAAAUGCUUCCUCCUGGAGCUGCAUUACCUGAAGAUAGUGAUGAUCUUGACUACUCGAUUGCUUUAGAAUAUAUGGGUCCCGAUGUAUCUUAUGAGGUUCCUAGGGUCGAACCAUUAGAAAUAAAUCCCCGUUCUAUCCCGACUGCAUCUGUGGCUGAGUCGUUUUCUGAUUCAAGAAGAUCUGUUACUCGUGAUGGUCAAGGUCAAGGACCCCCUGUAAUAGACCCUAUUCUGUUGCCUGCUUCAUAUAUUGCUGAUGUGACCAAUUCACCCAAUCAAAGUCCAAGAUUAUCUGGGAGCUCAGAAUCUGUUAUCUCGGUUUUGCAAAACGCUGAUUCGUUUUCAGCUUCGCCUUCGGGCUCUCCUGGGUCGGUUCAUAACCAAAAUGAUGCUCAAGGAAAUGAAGUGAGACGAGGCCCAGUGGUUACUUUCAACACAGUUGAUAGAUGGGAAAGUGAAAAAAAAUUGUCGGAGAGGCCCACUUAUUCGGAAUAUGUCGCAGUUUCUAAGGAAAAGAAAAAAAAGGACAAGAGAAGGGUUUGUUUUCGGUGUGGAAAAGCAAAGUGGGAAACUAAAGAAUCAUGUUUGGUUUGUGAUGCAAAAUAUUGUAGCAAUUGUGUUCUUAGAGCAAUGGGCUCGAUGCCUGAGGGUCGAAAGUGUGUCACUUGUAUUGGUGACGCGAUAGAUGAAUCAAAACGUCUUAUUUUAGGGAAAAAUUCGAGGUUAUUGUCUCGUUUGCUUAGUCCUUUGGAAGUCAAACAGAUUAUGAAAGCAGAAAAAGAAUGUUCUGCUAAUCAGCUUCGACCUGAACAAUUAAUUGUAAAUGGGUAUCCGCUUAAACCUGAGGAAAUGGCGGAACUUUUAGGCUGCCCAUUGGCCCCACGAAAGUUGAAACCGGGGAAGUAUUGGUAUGACAAAGAAUCUGGUCUUUGGGGAAAGGAGGGAGAGAAACCAGAUAGAAUUGUGAGUUCAAAUUUGAAUUUCACCGGUAAACUUAGUCCAACUGCAAGCAAUGGAAACACUGAAGUUUACAUGAAUGGCCGUGAAAUUACAAAACUUGAGCAUAGAGUAUUAAAGAUGGCAAAUGUGCAAUGUCCCCGUGACACUCAUUUUUGGGUUUAUGAUGAUGGUCGAUAUGAGGAGGAAGGCCAAAAUAAUAUCAAGGGAAAUAUCUGGGAAAAGACCAGAACACGGUUGCUUUGUUCAUUAUUGUCGUUGCCGGUUCCACAUGGUCAGCCACAACGAGAAAGGGAUGAACCCAGCAAUUAUGCUACUGUUCCAACUUACUUUGAGCCAAAAAAAAUUCAAAAGCUUUUAUUACUUGGACUCGAGGGCUCUGGAACCAGCACUAUCUUCAAGCAGGCAAAGUUCUUAUAUGGAAACAGAUUUAGCGAUGAAGAGUUGCAAAACAUUAAGCUUAUGAUUCAGAGCAACAUGUAUAGAUACCUCAGCAUUCUACUUGAUGGACGGGAGCGCUUUGAGGAAGAAGCAAUGAUGAAAAAGAACUCCAUGGAAUCCCAUGAUCAUCCCAAUGAAACAGGUGACAAGGGUGAUGCUGAAGAAGAUAAUCAAUGUAUCUACUCUCUUAACCCAAGAUUAAAGCAUUUUUCUGACUGGCUUCUUGACAUCAUUGCAACCGGAGAUUUGGAUGCAUUCUUUCCUGCAGCAACACGUGAGUAUGCUCCUCUAGUUGAAGAGGUGUGGAAGGAUCCCGCAAUCCAGGAAACUUAUAAGAGGAGAAAUGAACUACAUUUCCUACCCGACGUAGCAGAGUACUUUUUAAGCCGGGCUGUUGAGGUUUCUAGCAACGAAUAUGAACCUACAGAGCAUGACAUACUAUAUGCUGAAGGAGUCACGCAAGGGAAUGGCUUGGCUUUCAUAGAAUUCUCGCUUGAUGAUCGUAGCCCAAUGUCCGAGACAUACACUGACAACCUUGAUGCUCAAUCUCAACCUCUAUCCAGAUAUCAACUCAUUAGAGUAAAUGCCAAAGGAAUGAAUGAAGGUUGCCGAUGGGUGGAAAUGUUUGAGGAUGUUCGAGUAGUCGUCUUUUGUGUUUCCUUGAGUGACUAUGAUCAAAUGUGGCUAUCACCCGACAGUACUGGAAGUGGUUCACUUCUACAAAACAAAAUGGUCCAAAGCAAAGAGCUUUUUGAAGCAAUGGUGAAACACCCAUGUUUUAAAGACACCCCAUUUGUCUUGAUCCUAAACAAAUAUGAUGUUUUUGAGGAAAAACUCAAAAAUACCCCGUUAAGUGCAUGUGAGUGGUUCACAGACUUCAGCCCAGUUCGACCCUACACCAACAACCAAAACCUUGCCCAUCAGGCCUACUACUAUGUGGCUAUGAAGUUUAAGGACCUUUACGCAUCUCUCACCAGCCGAAAGCUUUUUGUAUGGCAAGCUAAGGCCCGAGACCGGGUGACAGUAGAUGAAGCGUUUAAAUAUAUAAGAGAGAUUGUGAAAUGGGACGAUGAAAAGGAAGAGACAUAUUAUGGUGGAGCGGAGGACUCGUUUUAUAGUACUACUGAUGUGAGCUCGCCUCCAUUCGUUAGGCAAGAUUGAACUAUCUAUAACUUGUGUUUUAUCAAUGUAGAUAGUGGUGAAUAAGUUAUCAUUUUUAUUCGGAUUUUAGAGGUUAGUGAAUGUGUAUCCGCUUAUAGCUUGUGUAAGUUAUUACGAGGAUAGUUAAGAUCCGAUUUUUAAAUGUAAUGAAGUCCAUAAGAUUCUUUUUGUUUUUUUACUGGUGAAAUAUAUCAAUUGUUUAUGUCACA